UUUGGUGAGGCCUAAAAUCCAACGACCAUGACAAUAAUUAACGAUCGGUCUUCAGUCCUACCAAUCCAGAUUAAACGAGGUCAUACGCCGUUGUUUCACUAAAUUCUACCACCUUCUACAUCAAAAACCGUUAGAGCUUCGCCCCUGGAGUUCUUCUUUUAUAUCAGAAAGAGAAAGAAAGAUCGAGAUUGCCCUUGCGAAACUUGGUUGGAGACAAUGACCACCCAUGAUUUUUCUGGUAAUAUACUCGACUCCGUCGGCGACUCUGUUCUCCUAAUUCUUCAGCAACUUGGGCGAAAGGAGAUCGUCAAUCUCUUGUCUGAUGGAUUCUGCAAACAAUGCAAAGAUUUGUUGCACCACCGCAUUCAGAAUCUCUCUCAAAAUGGAAGAGUAGAUGAGAUCUCCUUGCCCGACUGUGGCGAUUCUGAGAGUUCGAUAGCAUUUGGUCGUGAGGAUUCAUCAAACUUGUACUUUCCGGAUAUCAACUCUGUAUCUCCAAUUCAGGUGUCUCACUCUAACCAUCAUGAAAGCUCAGACCCAAGUGAGGAAUCUCCCUCUUCUGCGAGGUGCCAUGCGCAUGUCACUGAUUUCUCGCCUGUGCAGGAAAGCAGCCACAGACAACAAUAUUCAUUUGAUCACCCGGGUUGCGAAGUAACAUGGGAUGAUGAAGAAUCAGGUGAAGCCUUGGUCAUGGUUGACAAUGCAGUGGAAGGUGAUGAGGUGAUACAGAAGGGUCCUAGUUUAUCGAGGGAGCAGAGAGAACGGAUAAGGCUGUCACAAGUUGGCAGAAAGAAGGAGUUUGUUUAUAUUGAGAAGAUUCGUGGAAAAUCUGUAAAUAUACUUCAAGGGCUUGAGCUUCACACUCGAGUUUUUAGUGCUGUGGAGCAGAAGAAGAUUGUUGAUUAUGUCUACAGCCUACAGGACAUAGGACGGAAGGGGCAACUUAAAGCACGUACAUACUCAGAACCAAGAAAAUGGAUGCGAGGUAAAGGUCGUGUCACAAUUCAAUUCGGAUGUUGUUACAAUUAUGCGGUGGAUAAAAAUGAGAACCCACCAGGUAUACUACGAGAUGAAGAGGUUGAUCCCAUUCCUCCCAUGUUCAAGACAAUCAUCAAGAGGCUAGUUAGGUGGCAUGUCCUGCCCCCAACAUGUGUGCCCAAUAGCUGCAUCGUAAACAUCUAUGAUGAAGGAGACUGCAUUCCUCCUCAUAUUGAUCACCAUGAUUUUCUGCGUCCCUUCUGUGUAAUCUCAUUCUUGAGUGAGUGCAAUAUCUUAUUUGGUUCAAGCUUGAAGGUUGAGGGCCCAGGAGAAUUCUCUGGUCCUGUUUCAAUACCUCUGCCUGUUGGGUCUGUAUUCAUCAUGAAUGGGAAUGGAGCAGACAUUGCUAAACACUGUGUUCCUGCUGUCCCCACAAAAAGAAUUUCCAUCACUUUUAGGAAGAUGGAUGAUAGCAAAGUACCAGACAACUACUUCCCAGACCCAGAGUUGGAAGACCUCCAGCCUCUUGUAUAUGCACCUCUCACAAACUCAUCUGUUCAGCAAGAUCAACAUUCCCAUCAAGAACAACAUAAUAUACAGCUCCCUGAGUAUAUAUCCAGGGUUAUAAAUGAGACAAACUGCAGCCCCUUUCACUCGGGAAAGGAGGCAUUCCCCCCAUUUGGCAGUUUGGGCUUGAAGAAUAGACCCGGAGCAAUUAAGAACAGAUCAUAGCGAUGAGAUUCUGAUUUUCCUUUUUCUACAGCUUCACAUCUCCUUUGUUCUUCAUGGAUGAUCGUUAAUGAUGAACAUUUUCCAUUCUACAUUCAUAUAUGUGAACCGAGUGGUUUCUAUAAAAGACCAAUGUCAUUAUAAUUUAAUGCCUGAAGAUCCACUCUGUGACUGAAAUAGUUAACGAGAUUGAGUUGGUAACCAGAAUCCAAAGGAACAGAACAGAUUCAUAGUCCUAAA